AUGUAUCAAAAUAUUGUAGUCAGGAUAAGUAUUGAAAAAGGUCAAACAUUUACAAGAAUAUCUUCGGCAUGGAAUUUGGCUGUUGAGAUUCCAUCAGCCAUAAGAUUUGAAGAUGAUAUUGCUCGUAAAACCGACAUUGACUUAAACAAGGAAGGAUCUGAUCAAAUACUAGAAUCAGAAUCUGCAGGAACACGUACAGUCAAACAGCAGUUAGAAGAUUCGAACAGCAAAAAUAAUUUAAGUUCUAAAGAGUCUCUUCCACGAUGGCAACUUCAAUCUCGACCUGGUCGUCGUUUAGUCGAAAUUAAGGCUAUGUUCGAGUAUAAACAGGCUGAUCCAUCUUCACUUGAGGGUUUGAAAAUGUCUUCACCAUCUAAUGUAAAAGAGGUUAUUAAUCGUGCUUUCAUUAAAACUUAUUUCGAUAUGAUUGGUCGGGAUGGUUGUAUUACAGCUGGCAUUGGGGAAUAUUUACAUUUAAGUAAAGAGAAUAUUUUUGGUGGCACCGAUUGUGAAAGUCAAAAUGAUAGAGUGACAUUUGUAAAUGUUGAUUUGUGCCAAUCAAUUAUCAAUCUUGCUGAUAAUCGAGUUGAUCUUAUAACGUGUUUCGUUACACUUCAUCAUAUUCCUGAGUUUGAGCUGAUGCUCUCUGAAUUUGUGUGUAUUAUACGACUAAAUGGGUAUCUUAUUAUACGUGAACACGAUUGCAAAAAGGAGCGUACACUUCAAGCGAAGUAUCUUAACUUCAUUCAUGCCUUCGUGAUGAUUGCACGUGUCGAUGAAUUUGGCUCCAUACAAAAUAACCAUUCAGAACACAACCAAGUUAAAUCUGACGGUGAUCUCUUAACUCAUACCAUUAAUUUGAAACAGCAAAAAUCAAAUAUUAUUGAAUAUAUGAGCUCAAUUCAAUAUCAAAUACGUACUGAAUGGCAGCAGAAAUUAGAAAAUGUUGACUCUCAUCUCAGGACUACACUUGAUUAUGAUCAAAAUUCAUCUACCAAUCCUCAAACUUCGUAUUAUGCUGUUUUUCAACUAAAUCUCAAGUGA